AUGGCACUCACAAUGGAGCAGAAGAAUAACUUGGACUUUAUUUUAAAGAAUUUACUUGCUGGUGGUGUUGCGGGUAUGUGCGCCAAGACUACAGUGGCUCCGUUAGAUCGUAUAAAGAUCCUCCUCCAAGCUCAGUCCUCGCAUUACAAGCACCAUGGUGUGUUUGGAGGUCUUAUGGCUAUUGUGAAACAGGAAUCACUUAUAGCUCUAUACAAAGGAAACGGUGCACAGAUGGUCAGAAUAUUCCCAUAUGCAGCGACACAGUUCACGAGCUUUGAAAUAUAUAAACGGUAUCUCAGCGGGUUAAGCGUGCCUCUAGUCCAGCAUGGUGAUAAGUUCGUAGCUGGCGCCGGGGCCGGUGUGACAGCGGUGACUCUGACUUACCCCCUCGAUACAAUAAGAGCUCGCCUCGCCUUCCAAGUGACCGGCGAGCACAGGUACAACGGCAUCGUGGACGCCGCUACCACCAUAUUUAAGACGGAGGGCGGUAUACUAGCUCUAUACCGUGGUUUCGUCCCAACUAUGGUCGGUAUGGUUCCGUACGCCGGGUUCAGUUUCUACUGCUUCGAGUCCCUAAAAUUCCUCUGCAUGAAGUAUCUACCGAGUUCGCUUUGUAAGAAGUGUGAUAGAAACACUGGUGGUUUAGUUCUAACUAUUCCUGGUAAACUGGUGUGUGGAGGUUUAGCCGGGGCAGUGGCUCAGUCUGUCUCAUACCCACUGGAUGUGACCAGGAGAAGGAUGCAGCUAGCGUGUAUGACACCAGAUACUGCCAAGUUUGGAACGGGAAUGAUAAAAACCCUGACUCUCAUAUACCGUGAGAAUGGUAUAGUGAAGGGUUUGUAUCGAGGAAUGACUGUCAACUACAUACGAGCUAUACCAAUGGUGGCAACAUCUUUCUCCACUUACGAGCUGAUGAAGCAGUUACUUCACUUGGACACCGGCAUGAAAAUAUCAUAA